AUGACGCUGGAGGCACAUCAAGAAAGUGAUCAAAAGGUUCUAGAUGAGGCUUCUCUGCAUAACUACAAUAAUUCUUCAAGAAGAUUCAGUGAUCAGCCUGAUUUGGUGCUAGGGCUACCCCUAAAGGUGAGCUGGGAAACAGUUGAAGAGAUGACAUUUGGGUUUAGGACAAGGAUUCUUGCUGAUGAGAAGAGUGACUAUUCGGUGUAUGAGGGAUUCUGGGAGCCUGUUUACGGGUCACAAGUAAUGGUGAUGAGAUACAACACGACUGCUUGUACUAAUACUUCUCCUGGUAAUAGUAGGGGCGUUCUUGAAGCUGAAAAGAAAGCGGCCUUGUCUAUGCAUCACAAGAAUAUAUUGAGCCUCGCUGGUUACUGCAAUUGUGACAAUACUAUGAUUCUCAUAUUUCCCUCUGCGAAAAGAGGCUCGUUGGAAACAAACCUCUAUGGCACAGGUUCUGUAGCAAAACACUUGAUAUUGACAUUUCAAGAUAGACUGAAGAUAGCAAUAGAAAUUGCCCGCGGGGUUCGAUAUAUGCAUGAAGAAUGUCCUCAGGGCCCUAUUGUUCACGGCGAAUUACUCAUCAGCAAUAUUUUUCUGCAACGUGAUUUAUGUCCGCUGAUCUCUGGCUUCGGGAAAGCUACAUGGCUUCAUCUUAAGCAAUUAUCAAAGCCAAUCCCCAACCAAAAGUAUGCAUAA